AUGGCUUCAUCUCUUUCGAUCUCAAUGUCUCGCAAUGUCGCAAGGACGGCGCGCAAGUCGGCCUUGGCUCACUCUCUCCGAGGAAGCAUUGCUGGAAUCGCGACAUUGAGCCACAGCUGGAAGGGGAUUCGACAGCAGGGAGAAACGCUACCCAACUACUGCAAUGGAAAGUUCGUCGAGAGUUCUGCCUCGAAGCUCAGCCCUGUACAUGAUCCAACGAACCAAGAUGUCCUCUGCCAGGCCCCCGACACCACUGCCGAGGAGUUCGAGGCGAUUGUAUCAGCGGCUCAGGAAGCCUUUCCAGCAUGGAGGGCUACUUCUCUGCUGGGUCGACAACAGAUCAUGUUCAAGUUUGCCGCUCUCCUUCGCGAGCAUCAGCAGGAGAUUGCCCGCGUCAUCACUUCCGAGCAAGGGAAGACCUUUGGCGAUGCUAUGGGUGACGUGCUGCGUGGUCUGCAAGUCGUCGAGUUCGCUACAGGCGCUCCUUCUCUUCUGCUAGACAAGCGAUUGGAAGUCUCGAGCAAUAUGGACACGUUUGUGCGCACCGAGCCUCUUGGCGUGACUGCCUCGAUCAACCCCUUCAAUUUCCCAGCUAUGUGCCCCCUCUGGUCCAUUCCUGUCGCUCUAGUCACAGGCAACACUCACAUCGUCAAGCCUUCAGAGAGAGUGCCGGGUGCCUCGCAGAUCAUCGUCGAAUUGGCAGAAAAGGCAGGUGUACCUCCUGGUGUGCUAAGCGUUGUGCAUGGCACCCACGAUACGGUCAACCGGAUCUGCGAUGAUCCUCGCAUCAAGGCCAUCAGCUUUGUCGGUAGUGACCGUGGAGGAGCUCACGUUUACCACAGAGGUACCAAGAAUGGCAAGAGGGUGCAGUCCAACCUGGGCGCAAAGAACCACGCCGUCCUCAUGCCCGAUGCCGACAGGGACGCCGCCCUAGACGCCAUUGCCGGAGCUGCCUUUGGUGCUGCUGGUCAGCGUUGCAUGGCCCUCUCCGUCGUCGUCACGGUCGGGGACGCAGGCGAGUGGAUCGAAGACGGUAUCAUGCAGAGGGCAAAGGCGCUCAAGGUUGGCAACGGCAUCGAGUCGGACGUGGACCUUGGUCCGCUCAUCUCGCCCGCCGCUCGCAAGAGGGUCAUUGAGCUAAUUGGCUCCUGCGAAAAGGAAGGUGGCAAGAUCCUACUGGACGGUAGGAAGUUCAUGGCAGACUCACUCCCUGAUGGUAACUGGGUGGGUCCAAGUAUUUUGGAAGCCAAGCCCGGCAUGAGUUGCUACGACCAGGAAAUCUUUGGACCUGCGCUCGUUGUGAUCCGUGCAAAGACCAUCGAUGAGGCGCUUGCAAUUGUGAAUGAGAACCCCUACGGCAAUGGAGCGGCCGUCUUUACGACUUCGGGCAAUGUGGCUCGGAGAUUCGAGAUGGAGUGCAAUGCCGGACAAAUCGGAGUGAACGUGGCCGUCCCGGUGCCAUUGCCCAUGUUCAGCUGGAGCGGUGGCAAGGCCUCUGUACUUGGAGGUCACGGCUUCUACGGAACGGCGGGUGUGGAGUUCUACACAAAGAGGAAGACGAUCACCAGCUUGUGGAAGCCAAUCAUGCCCCCUUCGGCUACCGGGUCCCAUUCAGGCAAGGCAUCGGUGAAUAUGCCAACCAUGUCGUGA